AUUUUUCAGAUCUGUUGCUGACUGCUAUACAACCCGGAUUAUCUUGGUAGAAUAUUGAACGCAGCAGUAAUCCAAGCAGUACUUACAAUAUAUUCAAUCUUUUCAGCAAACAGUCAUGUCUUCUUCGACCUUGAAAGAUGCAGUAGUUAGCAUGUGGACUGAAUACGACAGAGGCACUAGUCGGAAACUGAAGCUAAUCGACUGUUUUCUGGCAUAUGUCUUGGCCACUGGAAUCAUCCAGUUCAUAUACCAGUUGCUAGUUGGAUCAUUUCCCUUCAACUCAUUCUUGGCUGGAUUCAUUUCAACUGUGGCUACAUUCAUUCUAACAGUGAGUCUCCGUAUCCAGAUCAACCCCGAGAACAAGAAGCAGUUCGAGGUGACCCCUGAGAGGGCAUUUGCAGACUACAUCUUUGCACAGGUCAUUCUCCAUCUAGUAGUCAUGAACUUCAUUGGAUGAAAGGACACAAAGAGAAAGAGAGAGAGAAGAAUAAAGCCUUAUGAAGAGGAAAAGUGAGACGCAGAACAUCACAAAAAUAAAGCCAUUUUGAGACAUGA